GAAUUCAGCUUUCACUUCAACAUCAGUUAUGAAUCCAGCCAGUGGCAGGGACACACACUGUUUGAAUGGGAGUCCUUGGAAAACAAUAUUUCCCAUAAAGGUAGCAUUGAACUUUUCUAUUGGCAUACCCUGAAGCUUUCCUGCUUGGCGUUGGUUGCAGAAUUGACACCAGAAAUUCACUGCAAAUUCAGAAAACAACUGCACAUUGAAUUUAAGGUCAGAAUAUUAAAGGAAUCACGACCAGUGAUAUUAGACGUGGAUUUCUUUUUCUUUUUUAGACAUCAUGGCUUUACUACCAGCCAUUCUUUCCAGCCUAGUCACAACACAAUUUGUUCUAGGAUAUUUUGCCAAUGGCUUCAUAGCACUGGUGAACUGCAUUGACUGGGUCAAGAGACAAAAGAUUUCCUGCGCUGAUGGAAUUCUCACUGCUCUGGCAGUUUCCAGAAUUGCUUUGCUCUGUGUAUUAGUAAUAAAUUGGUAUGCAACUGUAUUUAAUCUAGCAUUCUAUAGUUUAGAAGUAAGACAUAUUGUUCAUAUUUUUCAUGUAGUAAGCCACCAUUUUAGCCUGUGGCUUGCUACUAGCCUUAGCAUAUUUUAUUUGCUCAAGAUAGCCAAUUUCUCCAGCCUAUUUUUUCUUCACCUAAAAUGGAGAGCUGAAAGAGUGGUUCUCAUGAUACUGUUGGGGACUUUGGUCUUCUUGGUUUGUCAUCUUACAGUGCUAAGCAUGGAUGAAAAAAUGCAGGUGAAUGAAUAUAAAGGAAACAUCACUUGGGAGACUAACUUGGGGGACAUUAUGCACCUUUCAAGCCAUUCUUUAUUCAUGCUUGCAAACUUCAUACCCUUUACUGUGUCCCUGACAGCUGUUCUGCUGUUAAUCUUUUCCAUGUGGAAACAUCUGAAGAACAUGCAGCUCAGUGGCAAAGGAACUCAAGAUCCCAGCACCGAGGUCCACAUAAGAGCCAUGCAAACUGUGAUCUCCUUUCUCUUGACAUUUGUCAUUUACCUCUUCGCUCAAAUCAUCUCACUUUGGAAUUCGAGUACUCAGCGGAACAAUUCGCUUCGCAUGCUUUGCAAGGUUCUUGGAAUCCUGUAUCCGUCAAGCCACUCAUUUAUUCUGAUUUGGGGGAAUAAGAAGCUGAGACAGGCCUUUCUGUCACUUCUGUGGCAGUUGAGGUGCUGGUUGAGGAAAGGGAAAUAAGUGGGCACCUUGUGUCUUCUGGCAGAAAACAAACUGAUGGAGUCCAUAACAUUUGUACUUCCUACUACAUUUCUUAAUGUGUAUAGGAUUGGGGAAGUUACACCUAGAAAAACUUCUAGUUAAGUUUAUCACAAAAAUAUAUAUGUGUGUGCAUGUUUAUGACAAAAAAAAAAAAAGAGCAUAAGAUUACCUUUUUUUUUCAGGUAAGCAAUCUAAUUUUACAAAGUAGUGUAAGAAAUUCUUCAGAAUCAUGAAGUCAUGUAUUUCACAUACAUAUUCUAUGUUAUCCUCUUGAAACUGAAGAAUUUAUGGUCUACAUUUAUGCAUAUUUAAGGACUGACAACCCAUCUCAGGAAAUCAUUGCUAUUUUCCAUUAUAGUUAGUACCUCACAUGUACCACAGUGAAUAUUGACUUUGUUGUUUGACCCUCCAAUCCUUUGGAUGGUAAGGAUAUUCAAUUCUAAGUCACACACUGAGAAUAGAUGCUUGGCAUAGAUAUUCCAUCAUGAAUUCUUACUUCAUGGUUAUUAGAAAGUAAUUAGAACUGUUAGGAAAAGAUGCACAUAAUUAAAGAGUGACAAACGUUUAGAAUGUAUUAUACAUACACGUACCAUAAACAGCACUAAGAUUAUUAUAUUUAAUACAAUAGGCCCCUUGAGUGUGGCUCUUCCACAAAAUAGCACAUGCGGGCGCACAUAUA